AUGAGUCCUAGAAUUGCUCUCAUUGGUGCCGGCAGCGCCAUGUUUGGGCUUGGUGCCAUUGGCGACGUCCUCAAGUCCAAGGUGCUGGCUGGCAGUACACUCGUCCUCAAUGAUAUCAACCACGACUCCCUCGAAUCGGUCAGGAAAGUUGCGCAAAACCACAUUGAGAAGAACAAUCUUCCGUUCACCAUCGAGGCAUACACCAGUCUCGACAAGACUCUUAAAGGAGCGGACUUUGUCGUGAUCUCCAUCGAAGUCGGUAACCGACACGAGCUCUGGGAGCAAGACUGGAAGAUCCCCAUGCAAUACGGGAUCAAACAAGUCUAUGGCGAGAACGGUGGCCCUGGUGGUUUGUUCCAUGCCCUGCGUAUCAUUCCACCGAUCCUCGACAUUUGCGAACGGAUCAUGCAAAUUUGCCCGAAAGCCCUUGUCUUCAAUCUGAGCAACCCAAUGGUUCGCAUUAUGCACGCUAUUCAUACCAGAUUCCCAGAAAUGAAGGUUGUCGGCAUCUGCCAUGAAGUCUACUCGCUCCUGGAACAUCUUCCACAGGUUCUAAACACUCCCCUGGACAAUCUAGACAUCAAGGCGGGUGGCUUCAACCACUUCAGCGUCCUAGUCGAGGCUAAGUACAAGGAUACUGGCAAAGACGCAUACCCUGAUAUUCGUGAGAAAGCUCCGGCCUACUUCGAGAAAGCUCCCGCUGUGUUCGGAUAUAUCGGCGAGCGUCGUCUCUUCCAGCACAUUCUGAAGAAGUUCGACCAUCUCCCAAUCACCACCGACAGCCACUUUGGGGAGUAUAUCCCUUGGGCCGCCAGCGCCGUCGACCAUCGUGGAAUCAUGGAGUUUUACAACAGCUACAAGUCAGACACAACUGGGAACCUCGCCGAGGCUGAGCGUCGUGUUGCUGAGGGAACCCCUGCCUCAGAGUACUGGCGCGUAGUGCCCAUCAUUGAAGGCAUCGUGAACAACACAGGCCACUUUGAGAUGGCCGUCAACAUUGCCAACGACGGCUUUAUCGAGAGCCUUCCCCGUAACCAGAUGGUAGAGGUCCCAGCUACUAUUGACAAGGACGGCAUUCACGGCUACAAGUUCAAGUCCUACCCCAAGGCGUUUGCGGGCUUACUGAGGCUCCAGAUGCCUGUUAACGAGAUGACCACCGAGGCAGUGCUUUCAAAGUCGAAGAAGGCAGCACUACAAGCUCUCCUUCUCGAUCCGGUUGUGGACAAUGUCGAUAAGGCCGAAGAAUUGUUGGACACCAUGCUGUCGCUCCAACACAAGUGGCUUGACUACUUGAAAUGA